AUGGGCGCGCUGCAAUACAAGCUCCGCUCGCUGCUUUACUACACCCUUCUGCUCACCGUCGGCUUCUUUGCCACCUUGAUCGGCGUCGUCGCUACCCUCUGCGGCCGUCGCUUUGACACAAACUACUAUGUUGCACGCACCUUUUGGCACGUCGCUGGGCCCAUCGUCGGAUGGAAGUUUGAGGUCGAGGGGGAGGAGCACCUCACCGCAGCGAGCAAUGGCGAGGAGCCCGCCGUCAUCAUCGGAAACCACCAAAAUGCGGUGGACAUCCUGUACCUCGGCCGCAUCUUCCCCAAGCAUGCGUCGAUCAUGGCCAAGAAGGAGCUCAAGUGGGUCCCGGGUCUUGGAUGGUUUAUGAUGCUCUCGGGCUCUAUCUUUAUCAACCGCGGCAACAACAAGUCAGCCGUUGGCAUGAUGCAGGCUGCUGCCCAGGAGAUGAAGCGUAAGAAGAUCUCUCUCUUCAUCUUCCCCGAGGGCACCCGUCACCUGAGCGACAAGCCCGAGCUGGCGCCGUUCAAGAAGGGCGCGUUCCACCUCGCUGUGCAGGCCGGCUCGCCCAUUGUGCCCAUUGUCGUCGAGAACUACUCCAAGCUGCUCAAGCCCGGCAAGUACUUCAAGCGCGGCACCCUCAAGAUCCGAGUCCUGCCUCCCAUCCCCACCACUGGCCUUACCACCAACGACGUCAACGACCUCGUGGAGCGCACUCGCUCGGCCAUGUCCGAGGCCCUUGUCGCCAUCUCCAACGACAUGCCGCCAGUUCCAGCCACCACCGACUCGACCCGCCUCACAGUCGACUCGCCCCAGCAGUCGUACAACAGCAUCCCCAAAGAGGACACGGAGCACGCUGAGCACGAGAACGAGGUCGAGGCAACCGUUGGCGGUGCCGCUGCAGUUGACGAAGACGCGACCUUGCGCGCCUCGACCUCGACUGACGGCAAGGAUGCAGCCGACAAGGUCGUCGACGAAGCGACUGUAGAGGUGGUUGCCCCCAUCACAAACGACGACAACACCAACCGCAAACUGUCAAUCGCGUAA